UUGAAGGCCUUGUAUUUCUUUGUGGUAAUAUUUUCUUUAUUUUUCUUAUGCCUCAUCUCCUGGACGGAAAGAGACCUGAUAUAUAAUUUCAGAAUCAAGAAACAGCAAAGGAAGAAUCAGCAGGAAUUAAAUUCACCAGAAUGUAUGGAAAUGGCCAGUAUGCUCACACUUAAACCCAAAAGGUUUUCUGAGAAUAACUUUAUUGAACUGUUCAAGGCACUUCAGGAAUGUAAAUGGAUACAGAACACAGAAGAGCUCAAGAACUUGAGGUCACAGCUGCAGAAAUGCUGCAAUGCAAGUCAAAAUUUUAUUGUCACUCAGGACAAUUCACCAUUGGGAACAAAUAUCAGUUAUAGUGCAGAACCUCGAAGAAUUUUUAAAAUUACAGAAGAUAUUGUCAAUCUACUUCCUAAGACAGUACCAUUUAAAAAACUUAAACGCUGCUCCGUUGUUGGAAAUGCUGGAAUUUUAGCAAACAGCAGCUGUGGAACUGAAAUAGAUCAGGCUGCCUUUGUGUUCAGGUGUAACCUGCCCCCUCUCAUUGAUUACAGGCAGGAUGUGGGAACUAAAACAACUAUCGUGACAUCCAAUCCAACCAUCAUCAAAGACAGGAUUUUGGAACAAAACAGCAGGCAGUGUUUUUAAAUCCUUCAUAUAUUAACUACAUCACUAAAUUCUGGAAAGGUGAAGGUGUGAAUGAGAUUCGACUUUCUAGUGGUUU